CGGCGUUUGUUAGCUGCAUAUGCUAUUUGGACGUUCUGAUAAUUUGCCGGUAUUUUAAUCAUUAAGUCCAGAAAUAUAUGUUUAAAUUAUUUCAUCAGUAUGCAGAAAAUAUCUGGUUUAUUCAUACCAAAAUUAGUUAUUCCAAAGGAUUCAGUACCAAAACACAUAGAAGCAUUAUCCAGAAGCCAAAGGCUAAUGAAUGAAUUAGGAUUAGUUAAAGCCGCUGGUAACGGAUUUUUUCAUAUCAUGCCAAUAGCGCAACGUUCACUCGAUAAAUUGUGUAACUUGGUGAACGAAUGUAUGCUUGAGACUGGUAGUUCUAAAAUAACCAUGCCUAUAUUAACGCCCACUGAGUUGUGGCAACAGUCGGGUCGACUGCAUGGCGAUAUAGAAGAAUUUUUCAUCGUUAAGGACAGACACAACAAAAAAUAUUUACUGAGUCCUACACACGAAGAGGCUAUAACGUCGAUAUUGGCAACAACAGCGCCAAUAUCCUAUAAACAAUUGCCACUAAGAUUAUAUCAACUCGGUCCAAAGUUUCGUGAUGAGUUAAAAGCUCGAUUUGGUUUGGUGCGUGCUAAGGAGUUUCUGAUGAAAGACUUGUAUUCUUUUGAUCGAUCCGAUGAAGAAGCCCAGAAUAGUUAUAAAAUCAUCACAUCCAGUUAUGCGGGAUUAUUUAAAAAGCUCCAGCUGCCAUUUGAAAAAGUGGACGCUUGUACGGGCAUAAUGGGAGGUAAGUGUUCCCAGGAAUUUCAAAUAGUUUGCCCGGUAGGCGAGGAUCGUUUGUUGCGUUGCCAGCGUUGCCAUUACGCCUUCAAUGUUGAACUUGCGGAGGGAGACGCAAAAUGCUGCUUGAAAUGCCACAGUCCGGAUUUGGAAGAACUGAAGGGCAUCGAAGUAGCGCAUACUUUCUUAUUAGGAGACAGAUAUACCAAACCUUUCAACGCUACAUACUUGGAUUGUGAUGGUAAACCAAAAUCUUUAGUAAUGGGUUGCUAUGGGCUGGGUGUUAGUCGUGUAUUGGCAGCUUCUCUGGAAGUGUUAUCAAGCGAGAAAGGAUUGGUUUGGCCUACUCUUUUAGCCCCUUACGACAUAUGUGUGAUAGGACCUAAAGACGGAAGUAAAGAACAAGAAUUGGGUGAUGUUAUAGAAAAGGAUAUUUGUAAAAAAAUUACAGAAAUAUAUGGAUGUGAUGAUGUUGUGCAUGAUGACAGAAAAUAUUUAACUAUUGGCAAGCGUUUAUGGGAGGCAAAAAGGAUGGGUUAUCCCCUAAUAAUUGUUGCCGGUGGAAAAAGCGCGGAUAAUACACCUAUUCUUGAGCUUCUAGUUAAGAAUCAUCAUCAUGAGUUGCAUGUAGAUACUGUGUUAACAGAAAUACACAAAUACAAAGAUCACAAAAUCGCUCUAAGAAAACGUUGCCAUUGAUAGCCAAAAAAAAACUUUUGCUAAAUUAUUUAUUUUUUAAGUAAUUGCGUGUAGUUAGUUAACAAGAUUAAUAAAAAAA